UACAAAAAUAUCAGUUACAACAGGUACAAAUUAUAUUAAAACGUCAAAGCUAAUCAACGACAAAGUUCACAACACGUGAUGCGCUAGAGGGCAGCAAAGAGCUCUUUAGCCGGGGCUGCCUCUUCCCCACAACCCGAGCUGGGGUCCAAGUCCCCGCCCCUCUUCUCCCACACCCUAUCCCAUCCCUUGAGAGAAACCCAGAAAGGCGGGGCUAACCUCCACAACAACACCUGAGUGACGCUUGGCCGUGUUUUGAGAAAACGAAGUGUCAGAGAAGCGGGCGAACUAGUGGGCGGAUACCGCGAUGCAGCAGGUGGCGCGGCGCCGUGGGACGCGGGUCCCUUUUUUGGAAGGCUUUGCGCGCUAGAGCGCCCUCGGUGAGCGAGCUCGGACGGCUGGCCCGGAAAAGUGACUUUAUACUUAGCUGAGAGCAAUUCCUGUUACUCCCAUGCCGUCGACGGCUCCCGAGCGGGGGCAGCCGGGCGCUAACUCGAGUUCCGGCCGGCCGGCUCCGAGUGAAGAAGAGCCGCGUCGCCCGUCGUCGGAGGAGGAGCUGAAGCCCCUUUCCCCUCUCCUCCGCCACCUCGGCUCCUACGUGGCUCGGGCGCUGCUGUGCCUCGCUCCGGUAUACCUGGCUGGCUACGUGGGGCUCAGUUCGAGCUGGGUGCUGAUAGGCUUGCUACUGUGGAUGUGGUGGCGGAGGAACCGGCGAGAGAAGCGGUCUCGUCUGCUGGCAGCCUUCGGGCUCGUCGAGGAUGAGAAGCAAGCCAUCAGUCAGGGCAUCGCCUUACAGCAGCUGCCUGCCUGGGUUCACUUCCCUGAUGUUGAACGGGUAGAGUGGCUGAACAAGGUUCUUGAACAGGCCUGGCCAUACUUUGGGGCAGUUAUGGAAAAAACGUUUAAGGAAGUCCUUGAACCAAAAAUCAGAGCAAAGCAUGUGCAUUUGAAAACAUGUACGUUCACUAAAGUCCACUUUGGAGAUAAGUGCCCUAAAAUCAAAGGAGUAAAGGCCUAUACCAAAGAAGUUGAUAGAAGACAAGUGAUCCUGGACUUGCAAAUAUGUUAUAUAGGUGACUGUGAAAUCCACAUGGAAUUGUCCAAGUUCAAAAUAGGGGUGAAAGGAAUCCAGCUGUACGGAACAUUACGAGUAAUACUAGAGCCCCUACUGACACAUGCACCUUUCAUUGGUGCUGUAACCAUGUUUUUCAUCCAGAAACCUCACUUGGAAGUCAGUUGGGCAGGACUGACCAACCUGUUAGAUGUUCCAGGCAUUAGUGUCUUGUCAGAUUCCUUAAUUCAAGAUCUCAUAGCUGCACGGUUGGUGUUGCCAAACAGACUCACUAUCCCACUGAAAAAGGACAUUAACAUUGCUAACUUGAAGUUCCCUAUCCCAUACGGAGUAAUAAGAGUGUACCUACUAGAAGCUGAAAAUCUUGUCCAAAAGGACAAUUUCCUUGGGGCAAUCAGGGGAAAGUCGGACCCUUACGCUCUUCUUCGGGUUGGCCUGGUGCAGUUCCGAAGCAAGACAAUACAAAGAAACUUGAAUCCCAUCUGGAAUGAAAUGUUUGAGUUUGUUGUUCAUGAGGUACCUGGUCAGGAUCUAGAAGUAGACCUGUAUGAUGAAGACCCAGAUAAAGAUGACUUUCUGGGCAGCCUGCUUAUAAACCUUGAGGAUGUGAUGAAAGACAGAGUUGUUGAUGAGUGGUUUCCCUUAAGCAAGAUUGAAAGUGGCCAUGUGCAUUUAAAGCUUGAGUGGUUUUCUUUGGUCACCAAUCAAGAUAAACUUUGUGAGGACAAGAAUGGCUUUGCCACAGCAAUUCUCAUUGUGUAUUUGGACAGUGCUUUCAAUCUUCCUAAAAAUCAGUUUGAAUAUUACAAUGGUGAAUAUGGAGCAAAGAAGUAUAGAAAAGAUGGAUACCUCAAGAAGAUGGAACGUGACCCUUCCUCCUUUGUCCUGCUCACAGUGGGCAACAAAACGCAUAAAAGCAAGACAUGUAACUUCAAGAAAGAUCCUGUCUGGGGUCAGGCAUUCACAUUCUUUGUCCACAGUGCUCCAUCCCAGUCUCUUCAUCUGGAGAUCAAAGAUAAGGAUCGGGAGAAUGCCCUAGGGACUUUUGUGUUAUCUCUGGCCCACUUACUAAAAAAUUCUGAUAUGACACUUGAACAAAACUUUCAACUGGAUCAUUCUGGUGCGGACAGCUAUAUUAAGCUGAAAGUUGUGUUGAGAGCAUUGGACGUAGAGAAGCCUGAUCCAGAAAGUACUUAUACGGGGGUUAAUGCCUUAAAGCAAGUUCCUAUUCCUGCUACAGAACAGGAUGAAACCCAAGGCAAGACACAAUUGUCAUCUCCCCCACCACCACCACCUCCCCCACCACUUCCACCAAAAGUAGAAGUGUCCAAAUCACCCCAAAGGAGGAGCAAAGACUCAGGCAUACCUGAAUCCACAGGUGAUAGAAAGGAGAGCAAUGCUAAUCUUAAUGUAAAUGAGAAAUGGACAGGGCCUAUUGUGGUAGAGGCAGUUGCUAGAAUUAAUGAGCAAGGAGGCACAAGUGGCCUGGACCCCAAAUCCUUGACACCGCCACGCAUCAUCCCAUCAGGCCCUACGUUGCCAGCCCUGCAGAGGCUCCAGUUUGCCCCCAGCAUUGCGUCUCUGGGCUCCCUGUCUGCUUCAAACUUGGAUGUAACUGGCAGCAAUCUGCAUCUCAAUAAUGGGAUACUUCUUGCUGGAAUGCCCACGGGAGAGAUUCACCUGACUGUGCGCUAUGCUUCCCUUAGGCAGUCUCUUAUUGUGCUGGUUAAUGCAUGCAGGAAUUUAAUGCCCUGUUCUUGGCAAGGUGCACAUCCAUAUGUCCGCAUCUACUUGCUCCCAGACAAAAGAUGGGUAACCCGAAAACGCACUACUGUCAAGAAAAGAACUCUGAAUCCUCACUAUGAAGAAAAGUUUGAAUUUUUUGACACUUUGGAAGACGUUAAGAAACGAGCCCUAGAUGUUGCAGUGAAGAACAGAAGACCAUUUAUGUCACAUGAAAGGAAGGAACUUGGAAAGGUGCUGAUUGAUUUGUCAAACGAAGACUUAGUCAAGGGCUUCUCCCAAUGGUAUCAGUUGACAAUAGAUGGACAACCCCAGAGCUGAUAUUUGCUACUUGAUGAACAGAUGGAUCAACUGUACAUAUGUAUAUUUUGGACUUUUGAAGGCUGCUAUAAAAUAGCUUUGUAAUUUUUAUAUUUCAAUCACAUUGUUUAAAUUAAUACAGUGAUAUAGAAUAUUUAACUUUUUUUCAAGGUAUGCUGUUUUGGCAGUAAUUCCUAAUUAACUUAUAAUGGCAAUACAUAUGACAACAUGAUACACACUUAAAACCAACAUUUGUAUUUAUUAUAGUUGUAUGCCUGUGGUAUGCAUUUGGGGCUUCAGUGAUUGCUCCCAAGUUCUAAUUUUAAUACCAUGCUAGCACACUGUUCUACUCUACAGCACUUAAGUGGAGGCAGCCCACCUUCUUUAAAAAUUAAAAGCAGGUGCUACUCCAAGACCAUUAUGUCUUAGAUAUAUUGGUUGUGACACAGAGACCUCAAGAACUUUCUGUAAUAGCUGAGUGGCUAUACAAAAUAUUAUCAUACCAAAAAGAUGUAUAUACUGUUUGGUAAGAUUACACCACUACUUGCCUGGGACCCAACACCCUCUUCCUGAGAUCUGAGCAAAGAACCCAUGUGGGUGAAGUUGGCAUUGUCACUUCAGCAGCAUUGUUUUUAGCCAGUGCAGGGAUGACUGGAAAACUCUGCAUCUGCAGACAUCUGGUUCACAGCCAAAGUGCACUCCGAACCCCACAUCUUAUGCUAAUUUAUUAUGCCAAAGGCACAUAUGUUUUCUGAAGCUUUAUUUUAAAGUAUAGUUAUGAUACUGAUUUUAAUGAAUAAACAAAUGUAAAAAUUG